AUGCGCAAUACGGACCGGCUCAGCGGGGGCGAGCUGGAGGAAGAGGAGGACGUCACCGCCGCGGGGAUGGACUCCGACCGCUCUCGCCUUAGUGAGAACACGCGCCUGGCCACCCGGUAUGCGGUCCGAAUAUUCCGCGAGUACCUGAGCGAGAAAUCGCAGAGUCCGGACUUUGAGAGCAUGGACAAGGAAGCUCUGUGUCGCGUGCUGCGCUCCUUCUACGCGGAGGCGCGCUCCAAGAGCGGCCAGCUCUACAGCAAGUCCUCGCUCAUCAGCAUUCGUAGUUCUCUCAACCGGUACCUGAACGAGCCGCCGUACUGCCGCGCUCUGGACCUCACCAAGGACCCCGAGUUACGGGGUGCGAACCUGACGCUCGCCGCGGUCAUCAGGAAACUCGAGGAACAGGGUGCCGGUCCGGUGGUGCAGAAACAGGCGAUAACGCGCGCUGACCUGAGGAAACUCUACACGUCUCCCGUGUUCUGCGCCAGCUCGCCCUUCGGGCUGCUCAAUAAAGUGUGGUUCGAGACCUGCAUGUACUUCUGCACGCGCGGCCGUGAGAAUCAGCGCGAAUUGGAGGAGGACUCCUUUGGGCUCGCGAUGGAUGAGGACGGGCGAAAGUUUGUGUACUUCAAAGCGCUCGGUCCUUACCACAAAUCGCGCUCUGCGUCUUGGACUAAAAAAAGAUCCGAUUCGGACGAGGACAAUCUUCCCCGUAUGUAUGAAACUGGAACAGAGUUUUGCCCUUACGCCAGUUUUGUCAAAUACCUCGCUAAACGGAACCCGCUGUGCAAGGCAUUUUUCCAGCGUCCCCGGGAUCACUGUGGGGAGAGAGACGCGACCUGGUACGAGAACAAAGCGAUUGGCAAGAAUCUGCUUGGCACCAGGAUGCAGAUGCUGUCGCGUGCGGCCAAACUGUCCAAGACCUACACUAACCACUGCAUCGGCGCCGUCUCCAUAGCAACGCUGAACAGCAUCGCCGGCAUUGGGUCAAAGUUAGCUCCCUCUCAGCGCAUCCCACCGGAAACGGUCCAGCUACUGCUGCCGUAUGUGCACGUGGAGGAGGAGGAGGAUGCAACCGCACUCAAACCGCAGAGAGCGAGCAAGCGCCCCAGGAGUCUAGUCUAUCCGGUAAAUGCGGCAGAAACGGAGGCUUCGCCACCGAAAAAGCGACACGAGGACACUCCGGCCAUAAAGACUGCGGCGGACUCUGCUCCACAGCCGACUGCACACGACCGGAACUGUCAGGCUGCCUCCCCUGCUGCGGCGCCCCAAGCGCAGGACACUCACCAGAGCAGCAUGUCAGGUCGCCCCCUGCUGGUACAGUCACCUGCCUCCCCUAUCGGUUGCCAUGGGAUACCCACGCCAGCUCAGCUCAGCAAAACCAACGCACCGGUCCAUAUCGAUGUGGGAGGCCAUAUGUACACCAGCAGUCUCGCCACACUGACAAAGUACCCCGAGUCAAGGAUUGGCCGCUUGUUUGACGGCUCUGAGCCCAUCGUGCUGGACAGUCUGAAGCAGCACUACUUCAUCGACCGCGACGGCCUCAUGUUCCGCUACAUCCUCAACUUCCUGCGCACCUCCAAACUCCUCCUCCCGGACGACUUUAAGGACUUUGCGCUGCUGUCCGAGGAGGUGCGGUACUUCCAGCUGGAGCCCAUGCAGAGGGAGCUGGAGCGCUGGCGCGGGGAGCGGGAGGCCGGGCGGGCGUCGCGGGCGUGCGAGUGCGUGGCGGUGCGGGUGACGCCCGAGCUGGGCGAGCGCAUCGCGGUGAGCGGCGAGCGCGGCCUGGUGGAGGACGUCUUCCCCGAGGUGGGCGACAUCAUGUGCGAGGCGCUGAGCGCCGGCUGGAACCAGGACCACACGCACGUCAUCCGCUUCCCCCUCAACGGCUACUGCCAGCUCAACUCCGUACAAGUGCUGGAGCGGCUGCAGCAGAGAGGCUUUGAGAUCGUGGGCUCGUGUGGCGGGGGCGUAGACUCCUCCCAGUUCAGCGAGUACGUCCUGAGGCGCGAGGUCGGGCGAGGCCCUCGCGGGGUCACCUCGGUCAUCUGCAUCAAACAGGAGCCCCUCAACUAGAGCCAGGGGUCGAAGGUCACCUGAUGUGACCUAUCAUCUAGACACGGAUGCUCUGCUAAAGGGCCGCACAGACUCCCUGAACAACAGCACCACCGCAGAGCAGACUGAAACUGUGUCAGAGGGCUCUUUGAGGGCAAAUGCCUCCAGUCAUUUUUUUGUAAAAAAUGAAAGUUUGUUUUAAAACUUCAGAGAGACUUUGAUCCUCAUGAAUGUGACUGUCUUCUCGGGUAGAAGAAAAAAUGGUAGAAAAUAAUAUGAGCAUCUAUUAUGAAGAAGCAAUGAAGCAGCGACAACUCACAUGUUUAUAUAGGAUAUCGUGUCAAAAUGACUUCAAGUAGCGAAUGAACCACAUUCUUGAAAUGUUUGAAUGAAUUACAUAAUCUGUGUCAUAUUUUCAUCGGCAGCUACUUAAAUUCUACUACUACUACUACUACUACUACACAUACAAACACACACACACACACACACACACACACACACACACA